AAUAUGUCAAUCACAAGAAUAAGCAAUUUCUUACUCCAUUUCCGGAUGACUGUCCUUCCAGAUUAGUGACGAAUUCCUGUUGUUAAGGUACAUGCAGAGUAGGACACUGGCCCCAGAGAUGCAUUCAGUUGUCACAACUGCCCAAGCCUGGCUGCUGUCCUCCUGGCACGUCCGAGUCCCUUUUGCCUGGCUGGAAGCCUGUGUGCAGUGGCUUCAAGAAGAGGCAGGUGAAGCUGCUCACCUGUCACAACAGCAGGUCAAUCAGCUGGUCUUGGACCAGUGGCUUCUGACGGACCUGAGAGACCUAGACUAUCCUGUUUUACCUGAAGGGCUCGCUCAGGCUCAGAAAACUCAACUAAAUGGCAUUUUCUGUGUUCAGGUUGACUCAUUCUUGGACAUAAGUCAGCCUGCAUAUGGUCAGCUACAAAAGUGGAGGGGCACAGACUGCGGCAAUGAUGAGGUGUCUGCUGUCACACAGGCCACUCAGAGACCCUGGGAAGCCAAAACAACUCGCAUGAUGUUACUGCAGGUAACAGAUGGAGUCCAGAGUUUAGAGGCCAUGGAGUACCAACCCAUCCCUGCACUCAGUGCAACACUCAGGCCUGGUGCAAAGCUCCAGUUGCAAGGACAGAUGGUUUGCAGGCUUGGUGUGCUGCUGUUAGGGCCAUCUAAUGUCAAGAUUCUGGGUGGUGAGGUUGAGGAGCUGGUGGACAGGAACAACAUGGGAAAGGUGCUCUGUCGCACACUGGGUAUUCCUGAGGAUCAGCAGCAAGAAGGCGAAGAGGCCCCUCCGCCAGCCCAACAAGGUAAUCAAGAAAUGGAAGACAUAGAUCUCAACGAUGCAGAGUUGUUGGCCAGUUUGGAGGCUCAGAAUGAGGUCGGCUUUGUCGGACCUGUUCGGGACAGCGGCUACGAGACCCUGCAGGAGUCCUCAUCAGUCUCUUCCUCAGUGAGAAGCCAAUUCUCCUCGAGAAGUGCAGCCUCCAACCGUACUCGGAGAGAUGGUUUAACUCCAAGCCACACAAAUGGUUCAGUCCAGGACGGUCAACAGCAAAGAGGAGGCUUUUCUAACUUCUUACCUCCCAGCGUGAUUCAUCAGGACAUCCACGAACACAAUGCGAUCGAAGAAGACUUUCCUGAUGAAGACUUUGAUGAUCUCCCGCUGGAUGAAUUGGACAAUGUAAUGUUUGAAGAAGCUGAAAAUGUACCAAACACUUCCAGUGGCUUUGGCUCCAGAACUGGACGCACUAAACCUGUCAUACAAAUAAGAGAUCAUCAAGGAAGUUCUAGAGAAGCCUCUGAGCCGUUAACCUUGCCGACUUCUAGUUCUUCUUCUUCCUCAUCAGUUCUGAACACCAAGAGUCUUUUAAUGGACGAGGACAUGGAUUGCUUUAUUCCUGAAGUGCAAACCAGUGGAGUAGAAACCGGCACCUCUGGAGGAUUAGCUCAAAUCUCUGCGGGAGGACCCGCUAAAGACAAAGACAGCAACACCAACACAACAAGAACUCCAGGCUUCACUUCUAGGCUUUUUAGCAAAUCAGCUGCAUCUGAAACCAGCACACCUCAAGGGAAACCUCACAACUUAACUGCUCUCACUUUGACCUCUCCACCCUUUGUAUAUUUAUGCAUGCUGAAAGACUUGCUGUCCAAACCACAGUCCCACCCCGUAGAGAUCCAGGUCAAAGCUUUCAUUGUGACUCUCUUGGGCAAACUAGGCUGCACCAACGGCGCAUGGAGCGUCUUUGCUACGAUAUCCGACGGCACUGGUUACCUGGAUGUGGCGUUAUCCAACGACGUCCUGACAGGCCUGCUGGGCUUCUCGGUUGCAGAGAAGGGGGCUCUAAAGCGUGACCCUGCCCGCAGAGGUGAACUAGAGGCUGGGAUGAGGAGGUGUCAGGAAGCGCUGGUGGACAUGUGCUGCAUCAUGACCAUUGUGCUCGAACAAGAUGGCGGGAAAGCUGUGGUGGCCAAGGCUGACCCCAUCAGUGAGACAGUUCUACAGCAGCUGGAGCAGAGAGUGAAAGAUAGAAGAAAGUAAUCAAAUAGUUUACUCUUCCACCCCACGUAAAGCUGCAGAUAAAAGAGGAAGGCGAUGAUCAACCUGUCCUGUUUUAGAUUUUAAGAACAGAAGGCGAAAAGUGGAUGCCCAAAAAUCAGCGAGCCUUGUGUUUCAGUGCUUCCCAUCUGCUGUAUGUGACUGUGACAUUCUGCUAUUUUUCAUUGGAGGAUUUCAUGAAUCUGCUCAUUGUGAUACAGAGUCUUAAAUUCUGAAACAUCACCUGCAGAAAGUAGGUUAUUGUUUUACAGUUUCUGCUUUCCAACACAUUAGUUGGGGGGAAAAACUCCAAAGUUGAGCUUCAUUUGUUUGGUGUAACACUAAGGAAGAGGGUAGGUAAGGGAAGGGAAAUGUAGGUGUUCGAUUCUGAUUAAGGUAAUGAAUUGCCAGCUUUUUCAUUCAGACGACACAACCAUUACUUCUGAGAGAAAUGAUUGAAUAGCCAAGGGCAGCAUCGCUAAACUUCUACAGAGGUGAAUGAUGGAAAAGGAAGAUAAAUGGGGGGCCGUGAGCCUUGAUUACUUCGCUUCAUUACACAGUAUUAUCUAUGUUUUUUUAUCUUAAAAUUUAAUGGUUUGAGAUUUUUUUUGUGUAUCCAAAUAAAAUUCCAUUGAUGGUUUCAUCAUUUUCUUUUAUGCUUUUUUUUAAUAAAGAAAGACCCAGGAUUGCUAAUAAAACUCAAUUCUCCCUCA